AUGCCAGAACAGGCUUCAAGAAGUAUUGCUGUUUCUAAGAAAGGAUUUAAGAAAGCCAUAACAAAGACUCAAAAGAAAGAAGAAAGAAAGCACAAGAGAUGUAGGAAAGAGAGUUAUUCGAUUUAUAUCUACAAAGUGUUGAAGCAAGUACACCCGGACACCGGUAUCUCAUCGAAAGCCAUGAGUAUCAUGAAUUCCUUCGUCGCUGAUGUUUUCGAGCGUAUUGCAAAUGAGGCUUCCCGCUUGGCUCACUACAAUAAGCGAUCGACUAUUACGUCCAGGGAGAUUCAGACGGCCGUGCGCCUGUUGCUGCCAGGAGAGCUGGCUAAGCACGCUGUGUCUGAGGGCACGAAGGCUGUAGCGAAGUACACUACCUCCCUGUAA